GAAGAAGAAGAAGAUGAUGAUGAUAUCGAUGAGAAAGAUAUUGAAGAGGAAGAUACUGAAGAGGAAGAUAAUGAAGAAGAUAUUGAUGAGGAAGAUACUGAAAACGAAGAUACUGAAAAUGAAGAUACUGAAAAUGAAGAAUUCAAUGAUUGGGAAGAUUAUUGGGGAAAUAAUCCAUAUUUAGAAUUCAUUGAUUUAGACAAUCAACAAGAAAUAUUUUGGUAUUCAAAUCCACAAGAAGAACAAGAAUGUAAUAUUAAUUCAUUUGAAGAUUUUCUCUUUUCUUUAAAUGGGAUUGAAUCAUUAAAUGAUUUAAGAGGAUAUAGUGAUGUAAAUGAACAAAAUAAUAGAUUUGUUAUGUUAGGAGAUAGUUUAGCAAGUGGAGGAGCUUACGAAUAUUAUAAUAAUGAUGGUAGUUAUUAUAGUCAACGUGCCGAUGGAAGUAUCGUCAGAAGAGAUAAAUUUGGAAGAGAACGAAUUACGCCUCCCGAAGAAAAUCCUAGAAUGGGGAGAAGGUAUCGUCCAUACUAAUUGAUGCUCUCUCGUGAUUUGAUAAAAAAACGUUUAUUUUUGUAUAUUUUUUUUGUUGAUACUACUUGGUAGCCCAAAUAAAUACCAAAUUGAUAUAAAUUUUUUGAUAUGUAACAUAUUAGUGGUUUAUAUAAAUUGGUGUAAAAAUUUGUUUUAAAAAUGCAAGUUAUCGU